AUGCAUGAUGACAAGGUUUUUAAAAAGUUGUUCUGUGCUGAGGGAAAUCUUGAUGAGCAGAUAAAGGCCAUGUUUCAGUUCAAUGCACUGGUUGAAAAGAAGAAAAAGUUGGAUGAUGUUAAAUCCAAGAUAAACGUCUCAAAAUAUGUUGGUGUGUUUGCAAGGAGGUUUUUUAAAGACUCAAUAGUAAAAGUAAGGUGCACCAAGCCUAAGAGUCAAAAUAUUCUCACUGUGCACCUCACUAGAAAGGAUGACAAGUGUGAAUACCUAAAAAAGGUAUUGUGUCCUGAUUUAGUUAAGUAUGGAUACAACGAAUGGCUUGAAAUCGCUAACAUCGUUAAGGGACAUCACGGAAUCCAUUCUCAAGAGUUGAACUUGACCCUAAAUGUAAUGAUAAAUAAGGUUCAAAAUCUUAACCUUAUUCUCACUGAUGCCUCAACUUCAACAUCUAUAUCUAUACCUUCUCCCGUUGUUUCAUCAAGAUAA